CCUGCGCAUUCCGGGUGCGAUUGCGUACAGCCCCGCCUUUUCCGGCGCAUCCUAAAUCAUGGCGCAGGGACAGCGCAAGUUCCAAGCGCGGAAGCCGGCGAAGAGCAAAGCAGCUGCAGCGGCCUCCGAGCGCAACCGGGGCCCGAGGAAGGGUGGUCGUGUAAUCGCCCCGAAGAAGGCGCGCAUCGUGCAGCAGCAAAAGCUCAAGAAGGACCUGGAGGUCGGGAUCCGGAAGAAGAUUGAACACGAUGUGGUAAUGAAAGCCUGCAGCAGCCUGCCCAAGAGGCUGGCACUGGUGAAGGCCUCUGCCAAGAAGGAGGCAGCCUCUUCCUCCUCCACCAAGACGCCUUCCUAAGGACAUCAGCCCAUUGGAGGCCGUCGACACAGCCUCCAUGCUCAGCCCUAUGCAGGGGACCCAACAGGUGGCACCGCAAGGAGGAGCUGGGUUCCCCGGAGCCUUGGGUCACAUGUACCUCAAGUUUCAUUUGGGGUCCAGCCCAUGAGCAGGUGAUCAGCGGACCUGGAGUGGACUGGUCAGCUUCCCGGGGUGCCAGGGGCUGCAGAAGGAAAGGAAAUGUUCAACUUCCUGCCUCCCCCUCCUCCGGUCUUGUAUCCACUGGUUUAACCCAGAGCAAUAAACCAGUGAUUUCUUCUGCG